AUGCUUCUGCUGCUGUUGUGGACUUCCUUCGUGCUGAGGAAGUCGGGGCUGCGUCUGCUCCUAGUGGGAGGCGCCGCAGCGGCAGGAGCAAGGGAGGCAAGGGUGGUGGGGGUGGCAGCGGUGGAGGCUGUGGUGGAGGCGGUGGAGGCGGUGGAGGUGGCGGUGGUGGCGGAGGGAGUGGUGGUGAGAGUGGAGGCGUUGGUGGCGGCGGUGGUGGUGGAUGGAGUGGUGGUGGGAGUGGAGGCGUUGGUGGCGGCGGUGGUGUCGGCAGUGGGAGUGGUGGCGGCGGCAGUGGUGGCGGCAGUGGGAGUGGUGGCGGCAGUGGGAGUGGUGGCGGUUGCGGUGGCGGCGGUCUGGGUGGACCUGGUCAGAGGAGAGGUUCUGGCGGUGGUCAGAGGCAGCAGCAGCACCGUUCGCUACGUCAUUCGCACAGGUGACCGAGCUGGUCAAACAUGCAGGAAGGUCGGUCAUACACAGUCCCGCUGCUUCUCCUGUCUUGACGACGCCUGGCGCGCAGAGUUUCCCGACGCGACUGAGCUUCCCCACUCGCUAGAGCUGCUUAGGCAGGGUGUGGAUAUCUUUGCUCUUGACUAUGAUGCUAUCCUUGCUGCCAUGUAUUCUUUGACUGUUAUUGCUGAGGGUGACUGUUACCUGUGUAUGCCGCCCAAACCAGGUAAAGGGGCUGCUGCUCUAGGUGCUAGUGAGUCUGCUCUCCCUGGUACUGCGCCUGCUAAGGCCUUGCACACCUUUACGCUUGACUCAGGUGCUUCCCGCUAUUUCUUUCGCGACAGUACCACAGUCACACCACUCCCUGCAUGUGUUGCAUUCAGACUGGCUUGCACUCAGACUGGCUGA